AUGUUGAAAAAUUAUAGGUCGUCCGGUACAUUAUCCGCCCCAUCAAAUGCAGAUUGCGUCGAAAAAAGCGAGGAGAAAAUGGCACAAGAUUUGUUCGAUUAUGCAUCGGAACAACCGAAAACUUCACUUGCUUCAUCACCUAAAUAUUCUGAAAUUGUUAGGACAAAUGUUCAAGCUCACGCUGAAAAUGCAGAUCCAGAAGAAUGGAUGGCUGUGUCCAGAUGCGAGCGAUUGAUAAGUGAGGAGAUUUAUUUACGUGAAUGGGAGUAUGAGGGUACCCUUCGAUCAUAUAUCUAUAAUGAUGAAGAAUCGGUUAAAUAA